AUGGAGGUGGAGGAGGAGGAAAGACGCUCUCCACACGAUCAUGGGGAUCCGUGUGUUACCGAGAGCUUCUUUGGUCGUGUAACGCAAGGGUUACGCAACGAUCUCGAACAUGAGCGGGACAGGCGUCUACAAAUGGGGGACACUGUCUCGAAGCAUCGAGCUGAGUUUGCCUUUGCUCAGCUCGAGAACGAGAGAUCUCUGACAUCUCUUCGUGACGAGCUAAGGGUAGCUCGUGGGAUUGUUGAUCGGUCUCGGGAUGAGAUAGCUGCUCUUCAGACCCUUGUUGAUGCCCACCAUCGGGAGCACAAGGCUCUCUGCGAGAUGCUUGAGCGCAAGGGCGUUCUUCAUUGGAAGAAGCAGCGUACUGAUGGUACGGCUUAA